CGGGUCUAAAAAUGCAAGAAACAUAUAGCUACAAUGAUAGACUUGAAGACAGUACCACGACUUGGUAAAUUGAGUUGUGAAAGUACCCAAUUGCUUGCAAAAGUUGAUGAUUAUGCAUUAGAUUACAAUAUUUUCCUAUUUGAGGGUAUAGGCAAUGUGAUUGACACAAAUGACGCUCAGCUUGUCUCUUUCAUCGAAUCCCUUUUCAUAACAAUACCAAAAGAGUACAGCUCUUUGAUAUACAAUCCACUAAGUUUGCCUGGUAAGAAAAUUAACCCUUCCACAACUUCCAAGUUGCAAAAGAGAUUAUUAAGCUUGUUGAUACAAGAGAGACACAAACGUGACAUUCAAUUAUUGAAUGAAAAAUUUGAUAAUAAGAUUGAGUAUGUUGAACUUGAAAAUCCAGACAAAUAUGAGAUUAAAUCAAUUUACUAUAAGACAUUCAAUAGUGCUAAAGAUGAAUACGCCGAUCAGUUUGGGAGACUUGCUUUGCUUCAAUCAUUGGAGUAUGACUUUGAGCACGCUCUCGACGAUGAAUCUGAUUAUCAAAAUGAUGAUGAUUUGGUUGAGCAUUUUUGCGAUGACCGGAUGUUGGACUUCAAGUUGGAUACAUCGAAGACAGAAAAUGAGGUAAUGAACAGUGAACUAAUACGAGUUUUAUUACCGUUAGCCUCACAAGUCAUUAUGGGUCAAGAAGGAGAAGGAGAGGCAGAAGAUGAUGAAACUGACGGAGAGGAAGAAACUUGAAGAAAAUGAGAACUAAUAUACAAUCUUUUCAUAUACUUACAUAUAAAUCUAUAAUCUAUAACAUGAUAAUAUUUAUUGGGUUACCUACUUUUACCC